AUGAGUACUUUUAUAGAGAAUGUGCAUAUAAAAGAUGGAGAAUAUACAAAAACAAUUUAUACAAUGAUUAAAGAACAGAAAUAUGCAGAAACAAUAAAAGUUUUAAUUACUCUUCUUGAUUCUUAUACCUCUUCCAGACCCUGUUUAUCUCUUCUUGCUUAUUGUUACUUUUAUACACAAGAUUUUAUAGCUUCUGCACAGUGUUAUGAAAAAUUAGUUCAAUUAUGUCCAGAAGAAAAUAUAUACAAACUAUAUCAUGCUCAAUCUUUACACCAAGCAUGUAUGUAUCAAGAGGCAUGGACCAUAUGUUCCAAUAUUAUAAAUUACAGUAAUUUAGAAACUAAAGUAAAAAAGCUGCAAGCUGCUAUAAAAUAUGGACAGGAGGAUAUGGUUGCUGCAAAAAGUCUUGUUGAUCAAUGUCCAGUGGAUGAUAUUGAUACAGAAAUUAAUUUAGGAUGCCUUUUAUAUAAGGAAGAGCAAUAUGAGCAAGCUUUAAAAAAAUUUGCAAAUGCAUUACAAAUUGCAGGUUUUAAACCCCAUUUAUCAUAUAAUGUAGCAUUAUGUUAUUAUAAAGUAAAAGAGUAUGCUGCAUCACUGAAACAUAUUGCUGAUAUCAUUGAGCAAGGCAUAAGAGAACAUCCAGAAUUAGGAGUAGGGAUGACCACAGAAGGUAUAGAAGUCCGUAGUGUUGGAAAUACAUUAACAUUACAUGAAACAGCUUUAACAGAGGCAUUCAACUUAAAGGCUGCAAUAGAAUAUCAAUUGCAAAAUUAUGAGGCAGCAAAAGAAGCAUUAACAGAUAUGCCUCCAAGGUCUGAAGAAGAACUUGAUGCUGUUACUUUGCAUAAUCAAGCUUUGAUAAAUAUGGACACAAAGCCAAGUGAGGGAUUCGAGAAACUUCAAUUUUUAUUACAACAAAAUCCAUUUCCACCAGAAACGUUUGCUAAUUUAUUGUUAUUAUAUUGUAAAUAUCAGUAUUAUGACUUAGCAGCUGAUGUUUUAGCUGAAAAUGUACAUUUGACUUAUAAGUAUUUAACACCAUAUUUAUACGAUUUUUUGGAUGCAUUAAUUACACAACAAACUUCACCAGAAGAAGCAUAUCGCAAAUUUGACGAUCUUGGUAAUAAACACAUGGAAAUAUUAAGAAAAGCAACGAAACGAGUCCAGGAAGCAAGAUUAAAUCACGAUGGUAAUGCUGUUAAAAAAGCAGUAACUGAUUACGAGGAAGCUUUGGAGCGAUACGUUCCUGUUUUAAUGGCUCAAGCUAAAAUAUAUUGGGAACUUGAAAAUUAUACGCAAGUCGAAAAAAUUUUCCGAAAAAGCGUAGAAUUUUGCAAUGAACAUGAUAUAUGGAAAUUAAAUGUAGCGCACACAUUAUUUAUGCAAGCAAACAAAUUCAAAGAAGCAACAGGAUUUUACGAGCCCAUCGUGAGAAAAAAAUAUGAUAAUAUUCUAGAUGUAAGCGCUAUAGUCCUCGCCAAUUUAUGCGUGAGUUAUAUUAUGACAUCUGAAAAUGCGGAAGCUGAAGGGUUAAUGAAAAAGAUAGAAAAAGAAGAACAAGCGGUAUCGCGAGAAGAUCAAGAUAAAAAAUUAUUUCAUUUAUGUAUUGUAAAUUUAGUAAUAGGAACGUUGUAUUGUUCGAAGGGAAAUUAUGAGUUCGGUAUAUCUAGAGUAAUGAAAAGUCUAGAACCGUACAAUAAAAAAUUAGGAACGGAUACUUGGUUCUACGCAAAAAGAUGUUUUCUCUCUCUUUUAGAACAACUGGCUAAACAAUUAGUAGUUUUAAAAGACGCAACGCUUCAGGAAUGUAUACAAUUCUUGGAACAUUGUGAAGUUUACGGAAGGGACGUCAUGACGGUGGUAGAACAGCCUUUCGAUAUACAAGAUAUGCUUUCCGUAACCCCACAAGGAAAACAAACAGUUGUAUAUGAAGCGCGAUAUUUAAAAGCUUUGUUUUCACGUUUUCAAAUGUCCUAA